GGAUGGAUGGAGGGAUGGACGGAUGGAGGGACGGAUGGAGCGGCGGCGGCCGGGCCGGGCUGGGCCCGCGGAGGGUGGAGAUUUCUUGCCCUGGGAGUGAGCUGAAUGGGGCUCCCUUAGACAAAGGGUCCCAGUCAGCAUUCCAGGCUCCAGACGCGUCCAGGGACUUUUCAUUCUUUGUCUGAAAGGGCAGCGGUGCCGUUCCCAUUAGAGCGAUGCCUGACGGAGCCGGUGCCUCCGGCGAGCGAGAAGCUGCGGCAACCGAUCGGCUUUCAAAUCACCUUCAAACCUCGAUUUCCUCAACAUGAUCCCUCCAUCGGCCCAGUCUCCGAGGCACAGCCGGGGGGCUUUGCCGGGAGAAGAAUAACCCGGUGACAGCCAGCGCUGGAAAAGCCCCGGGCACGACGAGGGGGCUCAAAAUCCACCUUUCCCAGCACUCCAGGACUUUUUAGACUCGGGCAGUAGCUUUGCACGGCCUCACCCUGCAGCCCUCACUGUGAUUUCGGGGCACCCAUCUGCUCCCUAGGAUCCAGCACCAAUCCAGAGGGGGUGAAGCCCCCCUUGGAGCGUCCCUGGGGCCGAAGAGCAGCUUCCCCGCGGCGCCGGCUGCCGGGGGAGGGAUGAAGACGCUAUGGCCAAGCUAUUAGUAAAACUCCAGCGGUACUUUCGGCGGAAACCCGUGCGGUUCUUCACGCUGCUGGCUCUGUACCUGGCGGCCGGCAGCUUGGUUUUCCUGCACUCCGGCUUUUCCGGGGAGCCCACGGUCCCGGGGAGCCCCCGCAGCCCCGCGGGGGGCGAGGGGCCGGGGCUGCCCUACCUGGGGGUGAUGCAGCUGAGCCGCGGCUUCAGGGCAGCGGCCACGAUCCCGGGGAGGGUCCGGCGACACGGCCCCUGGUUCAAAAGCACCUCCAAGGAACCGGCGGAGAGGGGAAAAGCCAGGGACAACGGCGGCACCCGGAGCCGGGCACUCAGGGGCAGGAGCGGCCGCGAGAAGGAGGAGGACAGAGGCAGCCGUACACAGCUGGAGCUGUACACUCCCAUGGAAUUCGGGUGGCUGGGAGCUGCCAUCCUGUCAGCGCGAUACAUCGGCUGCUACGUGGACAACACUCGCCAGCGGACCCUGCGUGGGAUGUCCUUCUUCGACUACAAGAAGAUGACAGUCUUCCGUUGCCAGGACAACUGUGCCGAGCGGGGGUACCUCUAUGCGGGACUGGAAUUUGGCGCCGAGUGCUACUGUGGGCACAAGAUCCAGGCGUCGAACGCCAGCGAGUCCGAGUGUAACAUGGAGUGCAAGGGGGAGCGGAGCAACACCUGUGGUGGGAUCAACCGCCUCUCCAUCUACCGCCUGGAGCUGGCCCAGGAAUCCGCCAGGAGAUAUGGCAGUGCCAUAUUCCGGGGGUGCUUCCGCCGGCCGGACAACGUGUCCAUCGCCCUGCCCGCCAGCCAGCUCAUGCUCAACAUGUCUGUGGACAAGUGUGUGGACUUCUGCACUGAGAAGGAAUACCCGCUGUCAGCCCUGGCAGGGACCUCGUGCCACUGUGGAUUCCCCACGACGCUGUUCCCGCUGCACGAGCGCGAGGACGAGCAGCUCUGUGCCCAGAAGUGCCCUGGGGAGGAGUUCGAGAGCUGCGGCACCGCCGACUUCCUCCUGGUCUACCAGACCCAGGUGCAAGACAACCGUUGCAUGGACAGGAGGUUUCUCCCCAGCCGAGCCAAGCAGCUGGUGGCCCUGGCCAGCUUCCCUGGAGCUGGCAACACCUGGGCACGGCACCUGAUCGAGUUGGCCACCGGCUUCUACACCGGCAGCUACUACUUUGAUGGGUCUCUCUAUAACAAAGGAUUCAAGGGCGAGCGGGACCACUGGCGCAGCGGGAGGACGAUUUGCAUCAAGACCCACGAGAGUGGCCAGAAGGAGAUCGAGUCCUUCGACUCUGCCAUCCUGCUCAUCAGGAACCCCUACAAGGCCCUGAUGGCCGAGUUCAACCGCAAGUACGGGGGACACAUCGGCUUCGCCGCUCACGCCCACUGGAAGGGCAAAGAGUGGCCAGAGUUCGUGGCCAACUACGCGCCGUGGUGGGCGACCCACACCCUCGACUGGCUGCGCUACGGCAAGAAGGUGCUGGUGGUGCACUUUGAGGACCUGAAACGGGACCUCUUCGUGCAGCUGCAGCGGAUGGUGGGGCUGCUGGGCAUCACUGCCUGCGAGGACAGGCUGCUCUGCGUCGAGGGCCAGAAGGACGGCAACUUCAAGCGAUCCGGCUUGAGGAAACUGGAGUAUGACCCCUACACCCCCGAGAUGAGGAAGAUGAUCAGUGGCUACAUCAAAACAGUGGACACGGCUCUGAAGCUCCGGAACCUGUCGGGAGUCCCAGACGAUUAUUACCCGAGAUGAUGGUGAUGACGGCGGGGGGACCUGACCCUGCUCCCGGCCUCUGCCUAAUUCCACCCAGUGGGUGGCUCUGCUUUUAAUUCUCCAUCUGCUGCUAUAGCUGUUGAUCAACUCCCUGCAUGAGCGACGAGUGGUCCCCAGCCAGUGCUGAGCUUGUUUGGCCACCACAGACCCCGGCAAGGCGGCAGCGCCGAGGGGACACGGGUGCCUUCACCACCACAGGGUUCCUGCUCCAUCCCACUCCUGUUCCAGCUGCCACAGCCCUCCUUGGAAGUGCAAUGGGUUUUAUCUGUGGUCCUUGGAAGUGCCCUGGGUUGUUUGUGGUCUCCUUGGGCUGGCUCAGGGACACAGGCCGUGCCUGAUGGACCCGGUGCCGCUGGAGCUGAGCUCCGAGGGGUGGGUAUCCCCAAACUCCCCUCACUCCAUGGCCAGCCCUGGGAGGCAUCUGCUUGUCCCUGGAUGGAAUCCAUCAGCCUUAAGCCAAGGGGUGGUAUUGUGUGGGUGUUGCUCCCACGGAUCCCAUCAUUCCAGGUGGGAAUCAGGAAGGCUGUGCUGGGGAGAGUAAUGUCCCCAAACAAGGUGGCUGUGCCCCCAUGAGCCAGCCCUUGGCUCCCUUGGCUCCCUGGAGCAAGGCUGCAUUCCCCAGUGCUGCCCUAGCACCAGGCAACAUUGCUGGUCCAGCCCUGGAGGAGUCCAUGACCCCCACCUGGGUGGCUACAGGUGGGAUCUCCCCCCUCCACGGGGAUGAUGCUCAAGAGGGGGACGUUGGCCCUAGACAGAAGAGCUUUUGCAACCCAGGAGCUCAUCUGUGCCUCAUUUCAGGAGCUCAUAAGCCAGAACAGCCCCCCAGCAGCAGUUUUGGGGGCCAGGAGCUGCAGUGGGGAGCAAACCCUGGGGCUGAGCUUUGGGGGGGCUGAGCCCCCCUGAGCCCCAACCCAAACCAAAGGAUCCUGUGGGCACAGGAAGGUGCCGUUUCCAGGCUGGCUUUGUGCAGAGCUGCAUGUGAUCCCCAGCCAUCCCCUCAUCCCACGCUGCCCUCCCAGCCUGCCCCUGUCCUGGCUUUGCCCCAAACAAGCUCCCCCAAUAUUCCCAACCUGUGAGUUCCCUUUGGAUGUAGGUGCAAAAGCCAUAUAUUGUACGCAGCCUUUUCUAGAUUAGAUGUUGAACAAUUGGCUUUUAACUCUUGAUCUUGAUAGAAACACAGGCACAGGUCAAAUCGAGACACACCACUCGAUCUAUAUUUAAAGAGAGAAGAAAAUUCCAUGGAGAAAAAGGAGAAUUUAAAUAAAAAUAUAUUUUUCUAAUGUGCUUGAGGAGCAAACACGGGCUGGGAGGCUCCUGCUCCCUGUUUCUUUUGCACGGAGGUGGGUGAAUGUGUUCAGAGGGAGCAGCUGCCCUGGUUUUAACUCUUCCCUUGACAAAUGGCUGGAGGCUUUUUGGGAAUGGAGCUGAGCCCACGCUCCUUCACUCACGGCAGCCCUGGGGCCGUUUACCUCGGUCAGAACAAAUCCUCAGGUCAAUCCAGCUAUUAAAGGAGAGACUUUGUUGCUA